AUGAGGCGAACUACGAUCGCUGUGCACCAGGGCUGGCUCAAAAAGAAGGGCAAGAAGCGAUGGUUCAUCCUCCAGGCCAAUUCGCUCUAUUGGUUUGCCAAAGAACAAAAGGCGGUGACGUUCCAGCAUAGCUCGGUGAAGGGCUGCCUGGAGCUGAAGGGCUAUGCGGUGUCGGUGAGCGAGAAGAAGUCGCACACCUUCAUCGUGAGCAAUCUACGCGACAUGAACUACUACGAACUCACCGCCACGACCGAUGAGAGCAUGAACCAGUGGGUCGAGCACAUCCGCGCCUCCAUCCAGCAGGCCACCGACAACGAGGCCCUCGGCCGUUCCGGUGAUCAGCCCCUCGAGGGGAAGCGAGGCGUUCUCAUCAAGAAGGGCCAGGAGCGCCUCUUCGUGUUGAAGGUCGACAGUUUGAUGUGGUUCCUCUCCAAAACCGGCGCAGAAAAGAAAGCGAAGGGCAGCCUGCCGCUCAAGGACAUAACACUCAAGCGAGGAACAAAGGGCUACUCGUUUGUAUUGCAGCCCAAGGUGGGCAAGGCCUACACACUGUUCGGGGCCACCCAACUCGAAUGCGAUGAGUGGAUGGAGGCCAUCAGCCGCGCCAUCGAACGACUCAACUUCAACCAAACGACCGUCAAGAACGGUUGGCUGGAGAAGAAGGGCCAGAAGCGGUACUUUGUGAUCAAGAACGGGAAGCUGCUGUGGUUCAACAAGAUGCAGAAGGACGACGACGCCGAGGCCAACGGCUACCUGCUGCUCGACACCUGCAAGGUCUCGAUCCUCCCGCCCGCCAACGGCAAGUACUCGCUCCACAUCGUCGCCUCGGAGAGCGGCGCGGCCGCCGGCAAGGAGGGCGGCGGCGCGGGCGCGGGCGCGGGCGCCAAGGACAAGUCCAAGCGAGAGUACACCCUCACCGCCACCUCCGAGACCGAAUGCAGCGACUGGGCGGUGGCGAUGGUGAAUGCGGGGGCGACGGGGGACAUGCCGAGCCGCGCGGCGUCGUCCAGCCGUCGGUCGGUCAUGGCCGCGCCGUCGUCGACCGACCCCGUCGUGCGCCGGCCCGUCUCCGGCAUCCAGCUCUCCGACGGGGUCUUCGUGAGCCGCCCCGCGUCGAGCGGCGGCAGCGGCAGCGGCGGCGGCGGUGGCAUGGAGGGCUUCAUGGUGGCCGAGAAGAGCGGCUGGCUCGAGAAGAAGGGCAAGCGGCGGUGGUUCGUGCUGACCGCCGGCGAGUUCGCCUGGUACGACCAGCCCCGGCAGCACCAGAAGGGCGAGAAGCCCAACGGCUCGAUUCUGGCCAAGGACGCCUCGGUGGCCCAGAUCGGCGAGAUCGGAAACGGGUACUUUGUGUUUGCGAUUUAUUCGGCGACGGCGCGGGAGAGCGAGUACCUGCUGCAGGCGUCGUCGCUGACGGAGAUGGAGGACUGGGUGGUGGCCCUGGUCCUCGCCGGCGCCAACCCUGGAAAGGACCGGGCGACCUCGGUGUGCGAGGAGGGGUCGCCAUACUCGGCGCGGCCAGACAUUCUCCCCGAGAAUGACAAGAACGGAUGGAUGGAGAAGAAGGGGCGCAAGCGUUGGUUCGUGCUGCGCAACUCGCACCUCUACUGGUACAAGGCCGUGCAAGAGACGGAGGCGGGGCUGAAGGAGGCGACGGGGUCGCUCGAGCUGGAGAAGUGUACGGUGAAGAAGCUGGACGGGAAGCUCAAGGGCCGGUCGGCCCUCGUCAUCUCGAGCAGCGCCAAGGGCGAGUACCUGCUCCUCCACGAAGACGAAGCCGAGAUCGACUCCUGGGUCCGCCUCCUCAUCGACAAGGGUGGUGCGAGCAAGUAUAGGGCGGCGGUGGCGAGCGGCGGGCCGGCGUCGGGCAUGUGCAACUACUUUGGGAUCUCGCUCCAGCAGCUGCUGGCCAAGGAGAAGGGCGACGCCGCAGGCGGCAUCCCGAUCCUCGUGCGAAAGUGCGCCGAACACAUCCGCGCACACGGCAUGGAGGCGGAGGGCAUCUUCCGCGUGUCGGGGGAGCAGAUCGACAUCGUCGCGCUCAAGCAGGAGUUCGAGAGCGCGAGCGAUCCCAGCACCAUCACCUUUGCCGACAACAUCGACGUGCACGCGGUGAGCGGGCUGAUGAAGAUGUUCUUCCGUGAGCUCAAUCCGCCGCUGAUGACGUUCGACCUCUACAGCGACUUCAUGGCCGCCGCCGGCUGCGUCAUGUCCGACAUCAAGGCCCUCAUCGCCCAGCUUCCUGCCGAGAACAAGAUUCUGCUGGGGUAUCUCCUGCACUUCCUCUACGACGUCUCCCAACUCGGCGACCUCAACAAGAUGCGACCCAUGAACCUGGCCAUCGUCUUCUCGCCCAACCUCUUCCGCUCCAACAGAUCCGCCUUUGAGUUCAUGAUCGCCAACGCCCACGAGCUGAUGCCCGCGAUCGACUCGGCCGCCGACGACGUGACCGCGCCACCCGCGCUCCCCGCCCUCCCCGCCGGCCUCGCAUCGAAACCGCUUCCCGGCCUGGGCGCGCGGGGGUCGCCCGCCGCGCAGCUCUCGCCGCUGCUGCCGCCCAGCAGCGCCGGCGCCGCGAGCCGUGUCCUGCCGCCGGCUGUGGUGGCGAGCGCGCCUCAGUUCGGCAGCACGCUGUCGCCUCGCGUGCUCCCCGCGCCGCCGCAGCCGCUGCCCAUCGGCGGCCCCAUGCUCCAGUCGCCCGCGCUGCAGGCCAAGGUCUCGGCCGAGAUCUUGCAGCGCAUCAGCGCCGGCCCCGCCCAGUAG